AACCUUGGUUGCUAGCGUGUAGAUCUUUCGAAACAUAGCGUGGUAAUUGGACGAUGGCUUCCAUUUCCAUUUUGAAUCCUAAAGCGGAGUUUGCGAAGUCACAACAUGCAUUUAGCAUCAAUUUAGCUGCAGCUAGAGGACUGUACGAUGUCUUGAAGACUAAUCUUGGGCCUAAGGGAACAAUGAAAAUGCUUGUAUCAGGUGCUGGUGAAAUUAAAAUAACUAAGGACGGUAAUGUUCUUCUUCAUGAAAUGCAAAUUCAACACCCUACUGCAAGUCUCAUAGCGCGAGCAGCAACUGCUCAAGAUGAUACGACAGGUGAUGGCACAACAUCAAAUGUCAUCUUGAUUGCCGAAUUGCUCAAGCAGGCCGAUGUGCAUACUUCUGAAGGACUUCACCCACGUCUUAUAACGGAAGGUUAUGAUAUGGCUAGCAACAAGUGUUUGGAAAUAUUACUGAAGUGCCAGAUCGACUGUUCAUCAGAGAUGCCGGACAGAGGUAUACUGAUAGCUGUAGCAGGAACAUCGCUGAAUACGAAAGUGCAUUCUGACCUGGCCAAUCUUUUAACCGAGCACGUUGUAGAUGCAGUACUAUCAAUUCGUACUCCGAACGAACCUUUGGAUCUACAUCGCAUUGAACUGAUGCAGAUGCAGCAUAAAACUGAUAUGGACUCAACACUUGUCAAGGGAUUGGUGUUGGAUCACGGUGGUAGGCACCCAGAUAUGCCAAAGCGUGUGUCAAAUGCAUUUAUAUUGACUUGUAAUGUGUCUUUCGAGUACGAGAAGACUGAGGUAAAUUCAGGGUUCUUUUACAAAACGGCAGAAGAAAGAGCAGCUCUUGUUAAAUCCGAGCGUGACUUCAUCGAUAUGAGAGUACAAAAGGUGAUUGAAUUGAAGAAGAAAGUAUGUGACGAAGCAGGCAGUGGAGACACAAAGCCGGGUUUCGUAAUCAUCAACCAGAAAGGAAUUGACCCUUAUUCGUUAGACGCUUUUGCUAGAGAAGGAAUACUUGCUCUUCGUCGUGCUAAAAGGCGUAACAUGGAGAGGGUUACUCUUGCUUGUGGUGGAUAUGCUUUGAAUUCAGUUGACGAAAUCACGCCAAACUGCCUUGGUCAUGCCGGUUCGGUUUAUGAAUUUGUCUUGGUAUGCUUUAAUUAUUGGUUAAAUGUCUUUUCAGGGGGAGGAGAAAUACACAUUCAUCGAGGAGUGCAAGAAUCCUCAGUCAGUGACCUUGUUGAUGCGAGGACCCAACAAACAUACUCUUGAUCAAAUCAAAGAUGCUGUAAAUGAUGGUCUUCGAGCUAUUAAAAAUACAUUGGAAGAUGGUAUGUAAACAGAUAAUUGUAUUCGCCAUAAUGUGCUUGAUUUAGUGGAUGCACUUGUUGAAAACUGAGUGUUCAUUUAAAAUGAUAUGGUGAACUGUUUACACCUAUGCGCUAGGUUUGUGCUAUAAAGUGUUAAAGUCAAGUCAUUCUUUCCCAGCAAAGUUAGUAUACUGACUCCGAAGUUGUUUAGUUGGUCCUAGUCACUAUCCGAAGGUAUUCCCACUAAAUACCAUCGAUGCUAGUGUGAUAUGAAGCGAGGUUACACCCGAUUGAGUUACAGUAACUUUGUAAUCUAUCUGCAUUAUCCAUCUCUAAGUAUACCUUUAAAACUAGUUUUAUCAGACGUAUAGAAUUUUCCCAAUUUUUUUUUGACAUCAAAUAUUCGGCACCAUUUUUGUAGUGCAUAAAUUGACAUGAAUCAAGGCUCACUUCUGGGAUAAGCUUUUCUUGCUUCAGCGUCAUUUUUGUCACAUACGUCAGACAAUAUUCUUUGUAUACACUAGUAUUACAUCUUCAAGUGUUUCCAAAUUAAAUAACUUUCAGAGUGCGUUGUCCCAGGCGCAGGAGCGUUUGAACUAGUUGCACAUCGUGAACUUAACAAGUUCGCACAAACAGUAAAGGGUCGUGCUCGUCUUGGUGUUCAGGCGUUCGCGGAUGCUCUCCUUGUUAUUCCAAAGGUCUUGGCUAGGAAUUCUGGUCACGAUGCUCAAGAAACUAUGGUAAAAUUGCUAGAAGAAGCAGCAAAGGUGGACAGUCGUUGUCAAGGUAUCUCACCUGCAGAACUUGUUGGUCUUGAUUUAACUACCGGGGAGGCAAUGAUCCCUGCUCAGGUUGGAGUGUACGACAACUUCAUUGUUAAAAAGCAAAUAAUCAGCUCAUGUUCCGUUAUCGCAAGCAAUCUAUUGCUAGUUGAUGAAAUUAUGCGUGCUGGACUGAGUUCUCUUAAGGGAUAACUGUAUGCCUUUAUGAGUUUACCUGAAUAUAUUUGUUUUCACACAAUU